UUUAACACAUAGCGCACGUGUGCUCGACACGGUGAACACCUCCGACAACUUCCUCCGACAACGUCUCGUCCCACGGCUCAUCCUCCACGUCGAUCGCGUUAUUGUCCUAGAUCCCGCACCGACAUAGCCCUAUACCCUCUUGUCGGAUCGCUACGUCCGAAGACCAUGUGUGGCGACCAAUGCCGGCAAUCCUGCGGCGGCGCUCUCGCCGUGCUCACCCGUCCUGCAAGAAGAUACUGCCCAUUGUCGAUGGCGAUGGCAGGCCGCCUGGCUUUCCACGACAAAGGCAAUGGUGGCUCGACGGCCACCCACGUUACGUACACGCCAGGGGAGGAUGCCAGGAGUAGCCUGGGUGACAUAGACGCAUGUGUCGUGAUUAUUCACGAAACUGGCGACCUGACGACGUCCGCCAUCAUUAGCCCGGUGUUGUGUCGGUUCAGCCUGGCCCGAGGCCGGUGGAUCCUGUCCGAGGACGAUAGAGAAAGGUCGAUAGAAGUGCCUCUCAGCCACCCGAUGAGGAUCGAGGUUGGCGGCGAGGGAAUCAUCGGCCGAAGGGUCACCCUGUGGUCAGAACAGAGCUCCAGUCCCGCUGCGGAAGGGAUCAUAGGAUACAAUUGAGCCGGAUACGGGUCGUAGCACAAUUAGGAGCUCAGCGUGUAGGCACGCCCGAGCGGACAUGUUAGUGUCGUGUCGCUCAUGCAUUGUGCGCAUCGCUUCUUGAACCAAGCGGGCGCCUCGGCCCGGCCUAGAAGUGCCACCUCGACCCGAAUCUCGGGUGCGUUGGAGGUGAUCAGUGGCUUGACGCCAACAUUUCUGUUGUUGUUCCUUUACCGGCACGCAAUAGGAGGGAAAGAUGGCAGUUGAAGUCAGGGCAACGUAUAAC